UUCUCUGAAUAGAUUUCCAGAUAGAGCAGUAUUUUAGCAAGAAGUGUUCUUCAGUUCGGUGUUAGAAAUUGUAGUGGUCAGUAGUGAAGAAGCAACCGAAAAUGAGGAGUCGUCGGUGCGGUUUGAUAUUCGGAAUUAUUAUAUUGUGCUCAAGUAGUUAUGGAUUGGAAGACAGCCCAAUUGUCAGCCUUCCCGGACUAGGCAUCUUACGGGGCAGAACUAUACAAACAGCAUGGACACAUCGAGAUGUACAUCAAUUCGUUGAUGUUAAAUAUGGAGAGUCACCAACCGGCGAAAAUCGAUUUAAGCCACCACUUCCUGUGAACUCCUGGGAUGGAAUCCGCGAUGCCACGAAAAAUGGUCUGGGAUGCCCUUCAAUUUUAUCAUUGGAUGACUUAGCAGUUCACGCUGAAUCUAUAGAUAUUGAGGAUUGUCUUUCUCUCACAAUAAGUACAAGAAAUUUGACUGGAAAACAACCCGUCAUGGUAUACAUCCACGGUGAAUACUUGUUUGAGGGCAACAAUCUCGAAGCUCCUCCAGAUUAUCUUCUAGAAAAGGAUGUCGUCCUCGUUGUCCCUCAAUAUCGGCUAGGACCUUUCGGUUUCCUAUCAACAAUGACUAAUGAGAUUCCCGGAAAUGCCGGAGUGUUUGAUAUAAUUUUGGCAUUGCAUUGGAUUCAGACUUUCAUCCCACAUUUUGGCGGAGAUCCUGAUAGUAUUACUCUGUUUGGGCAAGUUGGCGGGGCAGCGAUUGCACAUCUAUUGACAUUCAGUCCUGUGGUUCCGAAAAAUCUCUUCCAUCGGGUAAUUUACCAUUCAGGAUCAGCGCUGAUGCCAAUUUUUUUGUCAUCACAACCAACAAAAUUCACUAGGGAUAUUGCGGCACGCAGCGGAUGCCGGUCGAAAAAUAUUGACACCUUGAAUAAGUGUUUGAAAACAAUUCCAGCCAUUGAUGUUCUCAGAGGAUUUUAUAAGCAUGCGCAAGAAAAUAUUCCUGAAGGAGUUGGUAGCUAUGGCGGUGUACAAUUCACUGUCGGCGGUCCAAGUGGAGUUCUUCCACAAAAUCCAUCCACUAUGGUCCAUAUGAAUAAAAAUAAUUCAUAUCCUGCUAUGGGAGGAGCUCCAAGAAAUGCAGGGACCAGAGCUAUGAAGGAAAUUUUUGAAGUUGAUUUCUCUGGUGCAAUUCCCGAUGAGAUAUAUAGCGGAGUCGAUUACAUAAAUCACAUCACCCUACAAAGUGUUGGACUGGACGACCGACGUUUGAUGACCGCAUACCUGACGAAGAAAAUUUUCACCCUUGACAUGAUCAAGAAUGGAACUUUCAGAGCAAUGCUUCCAGGACUGGUUGAUUUGGCUGGUACCCUACUUCACAAAAGUUCAGUCCUCUAUGCACUCCAGCGCAACGCCAAGUUCCUGCCGAACAAAACCUUUCUGUACACCUUUGAUUACAAGGGUCAAUACAACCGUUACCCAGAUUUCGACGCGGACUUCGACGUCAAGACACCAUUUACCGCUGGAGUAUCUCUAACUGAUGAAAACAUCUAUCUCUUCCCAUAUCCAGAUCAUGUUCAAAACCUGAAUGCAAUCGAUGUUGAGGUUGCUAAGAAAAUGGUAGAUAUGUGGACCUCUUUUGCUAAGAAUGGCGUUCCCACUGUCUCGGAUAACCUUCAAUGGCCACCAAUGGAUAAUCAAAACGGUCCAUAUUUGAAAAUUAAUGAGCCGAUCAGUGUUGGACAGAACUAUUUUGAUGAAUUUGCUGCUACCGUCCGGGAUGAAGCCAAGGGAAUUAGUAUUGCGAAAAAGGAUAUUUAGAGCUAAUGGUUCUCAUUGUGAAAACGAAAUGUGAUGUGUCUAUUAAGGAGUAAAACUUCAAUUAUAAAAAAAAA